CUUCUGACCUCAUAAUCCCUCUACUGCAGCCUCGGGCCCCACCCCUAGGGAUGCUGGUUAUCCACAGCUGCCAAAAGCUCUCUCCUGUCUGCCUGGUCUGGGCCUCCUCAGCCAAUGUAGUUCAUCUGCCUCUCCAGCACUUCCCCCUCCACCAAACUUAUGGACCCACUUAGCCCCCCAAGACCUCUAGAAUACCCUCCUUUGGCCAUGACUCAUCAAGACUCUCUCUGAAGAGUGGGAAGAACUUGAGAGCAUGUUCAUCUUUAUCAAACAUGGAGAUAAUCAGCAGUUUCUGGCCAAUAUUAAUUGUUCUGUCCUCCUGUUGCUGCAUUUUGUCCGCCGUAAAAUGGGGCUGCCUAAAACAGACACCAUCGAUUUGUGUGAUGAAACGGGGACAAUGAAGUUGUUUUUCCUGACGAAGACCCCCGGAGACUAUGCCAACAAAUUACUUACACCUCGAAGCACCUACUUCGUUUGUAAGGUGGAGCGUGGGGCACCAGGAACUCGACUUGAAAAUGCCUAUAGGGCUUUUGUGCCCCUCCUGAAGAAUCCAGAACCUGAGAUAAUUGAGAACUUGCGUACACAAUGUGACAUCCUGGAGAGGAAUCGAGUGAAAAUGCUUAGAAGCCAAGAAGCCAAGAAAGUCGUUCCAAUUGACUCCUCUGCAAACCUCCCAUACAAAUCAUCGGGACGAUCAGACGAAGAGGGGCCCACUCGCAGGGGUCCGCUCUUUAGGACCAGAGCGGACUUUCUCAGUAGGAGGGACAAACAUCGCUAA